UUGCGGCUGGGACUCCCGCGGGAAUACCUGGUAGACGGGAUCGAGCCUGGAGUGCGGAAUGCGUUCGAGUCUGCGGCCAGCGAACUCGAAGCGCUGGGCGCCCACGUGGAGGAAACUUCGUUACCGCUCACCGACUACGCCCUGGCGGUGUACUACAUCAUCGCUCCCUCGGAAGCCUCGGCCAACCUGGCCCGGUACGACGGAUUCAAGUAUGGGUAUUCGGAGAGCGACGCCAGCAACUCGCGGGAAGUAAUGGACCGAACAAGGGGACGGGGGUUCGGUGCGGAGGUGAAACGCCGUAUUUUGCUGGGCGCGUAUGCCCUUUCAGCGGGCUACUACGAUGCGUACUAUAAGAAGGCGCAGCAGGUGCGUACUCUUAUACUCCGCGAGUUCCGAGAAGCAUUCAAUAAAUUCGACGCGUUGCUGACCCCCACGUCGCCUACUGUCGCGUUUCCCAUGGGUUCGCGUGUCGAUGAUCCGUUGUCGAUGUACCUGAGCGAUGUGUGCACAGUUCCGGCGAACAUAGCCGGCCUGCCUGGGAUUUCCGUUCCCGCCGGAUUUUCGGGAAACAUGCCGGUCGGAUUGCAGGUGUUGGGCCCGCAGUUCGGCGACGCAACGAUCCUUCGGAUCGCAUACGCGUAUGAGCAGGCGACGAACUGGCGCUUCAGCCACCCUGAUGAUGUUGAAGCCGACUUGGAGAUUUUCCUGGGUGACCCGGAUCAGUCAAGCGUCAAAGCCGAUCAGGCCUUUAAGUUCACUUCGGACAACACGGUGAUCCACGCCGAUGCGGACGCGUCGAUCGGGGACGAUGUGACGAUUGGUCACGGCGUGGUGUGCCAUUCCAGAUACAUUGGGAAUGGCGCGCUCAUUGGGAACGGCGCGGUGCUGAACGACGGAGUAGAGGUGGGUGAGGGGUCGCUGGUCGCGGCUGGCGCGGUACUGCCGGAGCGCGUGGUCAUUCCCGCCGGGUCGCUGGUGCGGGGCAUGCCGGGCCGGGUGUUGGGCCGCGUCAGGGACCGCCAUCGAGAGUUAAUGCGCGGCGCGGCGAAGUCGUACGUUGACCGUAUAGGGCGCUACAAAGAGGCCGGUCUGCAAGGCUGA